AUGUGCAUGUUCGACGCCUGUGAUUUUUUCGAGUUUUACAAAUACCAGACCUGGAAGCGGAGGCUUGCCUCAGAGGAAUGGGACAAGAAGGUUCUUUCUCUUGUCGAGGCAAUCAACCCAAAGCACGGAAGAAGGCUGCGGGCCGUUUUCGCAGCCACUGCUGACGUUCGAAAUGACUUUUGGGUCAGAAAGAAGCAAUCCGAGGAACAGGCCCAGCACAAGAACGCACUGCUAUUGGACGUCCGCCAGAGCCAUCGGGAUAUAUCAAAGCUGGCGAUAGCCAUUGUGAAGAAAGAAGUCGAGGAUGACCUGGCACGACGCAAGCAUCCCAGAACGCCAACUCCAGAAACUGAGUCUGACCAGGAAAACAGUCUACAGGAUAUUGGUCAUAGGCUUGCAGCAAAAAGCAGACGGCCUCUCGGUGAGGUCCUUAACGCUCCAACAUUCAAGUUCGAGGCUAUGGUCGGUUCAGAAGACCUUGGUACCCUCUUCACGUUGUAUUACCAAGACUGCAAGAGAGUCAGGGGGUUUCACCCAAAUCUGGUCGCAGAUAUCGUCGAAAUGCAAGCUUCAGUGCUUGGAUCGAUAGUCCACCAGCUGAAGAAGAUUUUGAGGGUACCGCCAAGGAAUAUCAAGGCCGAGCGCGCCAUCACCUGGAAGGACAAGUGCGAGGACGAACAAAGUCAAGACGACGGGUGCGAUGGUGAUGACGAGAAAGAGGAUGAUGACCCCCGCGAGCUGGCCAAGAGGGCCAUUAUCAAGUCGACAUACAAGGGACUCCUGUUAAAAUCUCCACAGAAGAUGUAUUGGACGCUGUUUUCAAACUUCAGCACUAUGCCAGUGUCCCAGUUCUCUGAAGUAAAUGGAAUGGCCUCGUUCCUAUGUCCAUUUCUGACGCCUCUCUUGCAGAAACCUGACAUCGUAACGUUCUCAUGCGCAAACACCAUAACGAAGGCCUCACAGUCCCUGCAGUCUUUGCAGAGCGCCAUGCCAUCCCGCUCACAGUCUACUCAGAACAAAGACGAUGGCAUGAAACGGCCUGAUAUCAGUGGCACAUUUCACAAGCACGGCCUUGAGAUAUACUUUGGGGAGAUCUCAGGCGUCGACGAGCACAGCAAAUCCAAGAUUGCAAUCGAUCUGAUUCGUCUUGCGAUUUGGGUUCGAAAAUCAGCCGAGCGAAUUCUACACCUAUAUGGCGUGAAGGUCUCCCUGCUAGGCCUUCAAGUGAUCGGUCAGAAGAUUACAUUUUACAAGUUCACCUGGGUCGGGAGUAUCCUCCUAAUGUCAUCCAUUGUGCAAAUGGAAUUUCCAACCAGCCUAGAAAAAAUGGAGGCCAUUCCAAACAAAGUGCGCGUUUGGGCCGAAGUACAGGAGAUGCUGACGGAGACCUGCAAGACCCUCAAGAAAGCUAAGAAGCUAGACAACCCAGGAUCUGCGCGCCCUCGUGCCAUUCCUUCAAACGUCGUUCGAUUUCCGUAUUUGCUAAUUAAUCCCAGCUUCAAGUUCGUUCACCAUGUCCCACUAUUCAAGUACAAUAUUACCGACCUUUGGACUCAAAUUUUGCAGUAUUUUGCUCAAAAAACCGGGUCUUUCUGA